AUGGAUUUUUUUCUCCCCAGGAUGGAAAGCAAGAACCUCUUCCUAAGCUUAUUACUCUGCUACAGUUUGCUCAGAGCUGCCAAUUCUCACCUGGUAAUUGAAGAGAAGACAGAAUGCAGCCUGCCAAAGGGCAGCAAAAUGAAUCUCCCAGAUCUCCCGCCGAUCUCCAUAGUAGAUCUAACUAAAAGAUCCCAGAAAGUCAGCCGAAAAGAGGCAGAGAACAAGAAAUCAUCCAAGAAAAACAUUGAACUGAAGACACCUCCAAAACCAAGGCCUACACCUGCAGCUGACUGCGUGCCAAAUUUCAAAACCUGCAAACCACACUUGAAUUCAUGUUGCCACUACUGUGCCUUGUGCAAAUGCCGAAUUUUUCAGACCAUCUGCCAGUGUCUGCUGUUAAACCCAAAGUGCUAA